AUGGCAGGAGACAAAGAAAAUUUGGAUUCGUCUAGUCCUUUGUACAUACAUCCGUCAGAGAACGCCUGGACGAUGCUGGUACCGGUGGCUUUCGACGGCAUCGAUUAUAGAUCCUGGAGAAGAGGAGUACUUAGGACGUUAUCAGUGAAGAACAAGGUCGGAUUUAUCACAGGAAAGGUUAAGAAGCUAGAUGCAGGUCACGCCACUUUUGAUCAAUGGGAACGAUGCGAUGAUAUGGUCACUUCGUGGAUUCUCAACUCACUUUCGAAAUAUUUGGCUGAUAGUCUGCAAUAUGUUAGGGAUGCGAAGGAAUUAUGGCAGGAAUUGGAAGAUAGAUAUGACCAAACUAAUGGUGCUAAGCUGUAUCAGCUUCAGAAGGAAAUCAGUGAUCUAAGCCAAGGAACUCUUGACAUCACUGGCUACUACACCAAAAUGAAGAAGCUUUGGGAAGAACUUAAUACCCUAAAUACACACGCUCAAUGCAAUUGCACCUGCACAUGUGGAACUAAGGAAAACAUGCACAAGGCAGAACAAGAUAGAAGAUUAAUUCAGUUCCUAAUGGGGUUGAAUGAGGUAUACAUUGUGGUGAGAGGCAGUAUUUUGAUGAUGAACCCACUACCUAGCAUUGCACAAGCAUUUUCCAUACUCAUUCAAGAGGAAAAACAGAGGAAAGUUAAGCCAUACAAUUAA